AUGCAUGAUAUGUUGUUGCAAGGAACAGGGCCAUUAGAGAGUGAAACUAUGAACAGAACGCAGCAUCUGCAGAAACUGAAAGUCACAUUGAGGGUCUAUCAAGCGCUUGGAAGCAGACCAGGGUCCCUAUCAUUCAUUCUUUACCUGGACAGCAAGAUGAAGCAUAGCUCACAUGUAGAGGGCCAAAAUCAGAUUGUACUCGGAGGAAGUUGCGUGGGAAAUCCAAAGGGGAUUCAGUUCACUGCUAUGCUAGAGUUACAGAUUGGUGGAACAGCAGUAAUAAGUCUAUUGGAGAGCAGGAAGCUGAAAGUUGAUGGAGCUGAUAGGACACUGUUGGUUCUGGUGGCUUCAUCUUCGUCCGAAGGGGCCUUCCACUAG